AUGCUGCCGCCACGGUUAGUAUUCUCGGAUCCACCAACAGAUCGAGCGCCAUCCAACUCAGUGGGUCCGUUGUUCCAGCCUCGCGAUGAAAUGUUCGACCGAGAUGCUGCCCACGACACAUCUCAAACAUUCUCCCGACGGCCCUCUACAGCACCAGUGACACAGCUCGACGACCCCCUCAUCGACCUCAUCCCACCACGACGGGAACUGCCCUUCCGCAGGACGUCCGGAGCGCAGAAAUCAAGCGAUGCUGGAAGUUCCAAUGGACCAAGCUCAGCAGCCUUGCCGCCACUGCCCACCCCAAACUUCGUUGACAGUGCCGCAGCACCACCCAAACGGAACCCCUCAGCAUCUCGCAUCGCCAAGCCCCAACCGAAGCCCCCUGUCAUCGUGGAUGAUUCAGCUAGGGACACUUCCGCGACACUACGCGCUUCAAGCCCCUUACCCACCUCCUCGAACAAGCAGGCGCGGCAAACCAGCCGCGACGACCCUCCCGACCCACCGCAAACCGCAGGCUCAAAGCGUCCGCUUAGCGCACUCGCCAGCAGCGAGUCCACCGCCCGUCACUACCGUUCCGCAGCAUCCCAUCCCCCGCCCACUCCCUCCUCCCUACGUCCGUCAACCGUCCCGUCCUCGCCGCCCCGCACCCUCCCGUCUUCCGACUACGCCACAGCACCAAGCAGCAUGUCCGCCGCCCGAACCUCAGACCCCGCUACAGUCCCGCCCGCCGCUCGCGACUGCGUGCACAGAGUUGCCGCCUUGAUCGCCGCCGCAGACCCAGCGGCGGAGCAGGAGAAUUCGGAAGCCUAUGCCGCAAUGCCGGCGAACGAGCGGAUGGCCGUGCUGGACGACUGGGUCGUGGAGCUGAUUGGGGAUGAGGGAUUCUUGGCGCUUUGUCGGGAUGUGGAGGGGUGUUGGAGGAGGAUUGGGUUUGAGGUUUAG